UGACAAAAGAGCCGCAGUAUCCUCGAGAAGUGCCGGGUGUCCCACAUGUACAAUCCAGACGGUGCAUGAAUGCUGCAUAUGGUGAUUUUGAGCGUUGUGCAUCAUCAAAGAAAACUGACACGUGCAGAUUUAUAAAUUUUCGAAUUUUUGGAACCAAGAAAGACCCUGAAACGGAAACUGAUGUACUUGUUUAUGGUCCAAAAUUUCAAUCAGUCACUAUUCCCGAACCAGAUAAUAACUAUGAUUUUAAAGAAACAACAGACGAGCAACGGGGCUACAUUCUUGAUAUGAUAGCCCCAACAUUUAGAAAAAUUCUUAAAAAAGAACUUGCUCACUUUGAGUAUGCAAACCUUCGCAAACUCCCUAAUAGGGCGAUAUGUCAAUUAUGUGAUAGUUGUGAUACUACUAUAUUUAGCGGGUAUUGGAUGUGUUGUGUUUGUGGUAAAGAAUUUUGUUUAUCUUGCUAUGAUGAAUGGGAUGUUAGCAAAAAAUCAAGGACCAUCGUGUGUAGCUUCAGGCGGUCUCACAAUAAAGAACAAAUGGUGCCUAUAUAUCAUUACAAUAAGGAUUUAAUACAACGCAUUAUAAAUGAAACUGAGCAAAGAAUGAUUGACAAUGGGGACAGUAUGGACAUUGACGAAUUUAGUGAUAAUGAAUUACCUGAUGAAUUACCUAUUUCGGAACCUCACCAAAUGCCAGAGGACAAUAUUUCAGGUACACAACCUAAUUCUGAAUUACCUGAUGAAUUACCUAUUUCGGAACCUCACCAAAUGCCAGAGGACAAUAUUUCAG